GUGAGCGGCUUCUCAGAGCGGAGGGAGGGUCAGGGGAAGGGAACUCGUUCCCUCAGCCCGGGAUCACCAGACAGUUUCCCCGGCGUGGGCGAGACUCCGGGACUGCGGGCUCGGGACUACAAUUCCCAGAGGGCGCAAGGAGGGGAGACGCCCGAUGUCCAUCGUGGAAGCUGCUGGGGAUUGUAGUCCCAGCCUAAGACUUUGGACUCUUGCUAGGAAAUUGUAUAAAGAUCCAACCCAUCCUUUUUACCGACGGGGAGAUUGAGAUUCAGAGAUUCGAGGGGAUACUGAUUUAGCGAGGGUGUCUUCUCGACUUAGGGGCGGGGCAUGUGAGUCUCCCCCAACCUCUAACCUUCUAACCCUUUAGUGGCGUCCAAAUCUUCUUUCUAGGAGGGGGAAACUAAGCCUGGAGGGGUGGGACAGGGACUCAGGAGUCUGCCUCCUGCAGCCCCGGCGAGAUUAAAGUCUGAAUUCUAUCUGCGUGGCCACAUAGACCUCGGCUUCUGGACCUCGCCCUUCCUGUCUGUGAAAUGGACUUUGGGUGAUUCCCAAUGGGAACGUCUCGAGAAGUCGGCCUACUGCCCCUGCAGGACUACAAGUCCCAAGGUGCUCGAGGCGACCCCUACUCCCCCUCCUCUCUGGGACCCGCCUCCCGUCUGCCGGAGUCACGUCGUCUAACCUGUUCCCGGCGCCUGCCCCGCCCCGUCCUCCGCUCCCCGCAGCCGGAGCCGGAGCCGGAGGAAGUCCCCCGGUGCCAGGAUUUGCCCCGGAUCCGGCUCCUCGCCCUGACCCUGAGGUGAGAAAUGUCACCUCCACCCCCAUCUGUCUGACCUGAGGUUGUGUGGGAGAUAAGCGAGGGAUAGAGGCUAAUUCUGGAGGCGCCCCGCUUCGGCCGGCACCAUGGACAGCGAGGCAUUCCAGAGCACCAGGGACCUUCUGGACCUGAACUUCCAGUCGCUGGCCAUGAGACACAUGGACCUCAAACAGAUGGAGCUGGACACGGCGGCGGCCAAGGUGGAUGAACUGACCAAACAGUUGGAGUCGCUGUGGUCAGACUCGCCGACGCCUGUCGGCUCACAGGCGGGAGCCCCCUCUAGGCUGUCCCGGUACAGCUCCAGCCCGGUCCCCGAGCACUUUAGCAGCCGUGGGUCUCCCCGGAAGGCGGCCACCGACGGCGCAGACACCUCCUCUUUCGGACGCUCCGAGAACGCCCCGGCUUUGCUCCCCUACAGCCCGCUGUCCCCUAAAGGCCGGCCUUCGUCACCGCGCACCCCGCUCUACCUGCAGCCGGAUGCCUACGGCAGCCUGGACCGCGCGCCCUCGCCCCGGCCCCGCGCCUUCGAUGGCGCAGGCGGCCCCCUCGGCCGUGCGCCCUCCCCGCGGCCCGGAUCGGGCCCGCUCCGCCAGCAGGGUCCCCCCACGACCUUCGACUUCCUGGGCCGCACUGGCUCCCCGCGUGGCAGCCCCCUGGCCGAAGGGCCCCAGGCCUUCUUCCCUGAGCGCGGGCCCUCGCCACGCCCCCAGACCUCAGCCUACGAUGCGCCUGUCGCUUUUGGGAGCCCCCUACUGGGCGCGGGUGGCAGCGCUUUCGCCCCGCCUCUGCGCGCUCAAGACGACUUAACGCUGCGCCGGCGGCCCCCCAAAGCCUGGAAUGAGUCUGACCUGGACGUGGCGUACGAGAAGAAGCCUUCGCAGACAGCGAGCUAUGAACGCCUGGACGUCUUCUCGCGGCCUGCUUCGCCAGGCCUGCAGCUGUUACCCUGGAGAGAAAGCAGCCUGGACGGGCUGGGGGCCACCAGCAAGGACAACCUCACCAGUGCCACUCUGCCCCGAAACUACAAGGUCUCCCCUCUGGCCAACGACCGGCGUUCCGAUGUGGGCGGCUACCGCAGAUCCCUGGGCUCCGCGGGGCCAUCAGGCACUUUGCCCCGCAGCUGGCAGCCUGUUAGCCGCAUCCCCAUGCCUCCUUCCAGCCCCCAGCCCCGCAGUUCCCCGCGCCAGCGUCCCAUCCCCCUCAGCAUGAUAUUCAAGCUGCAGAACGCCUUUUGGGAGCAUGGGGCCAGCAGGGCCAUGCUCCCGGGCUCCCCCAUCUUCUCCCGAGCACCCCCGCCUAAGCUGCCUCCCCAGCCCCAGGUGUCCCUUCAGCCCCCCGCCCCCCAGCCCCAGCCCCAGCCUCUGCCCCAGCCCCAGCCCCAGCCCCCCGCCCCAGCCCCCCAACCUCCCCAACAAACUUGGGCCCCUGUGAGCGAAGGCUCUCCCAAACUUCCCCCCGAGCUGGAGCCAGAGCCGGACCUGGAAGGGCUGCUGACGCCAGUGCUGGAGGCCGGGGACGCAGAUGAAGGCGCUGUAACUCGGCCCCUCAGCCCCACGAGGCUGCAGCCAGCACUGCCACCCGAGGCACAGUCGGUGCCCGAGCUAGAGGAGGUGGCCCGGGUGCUGGCAGAGAUACCCCGGCCCCUCAAACGCAGGGGCUCCAUGGAGCAGAGCCCAGCUGUGGCCCUGCCCCCCACCCACAAGAAACAAUACCAGCAGAUCAUCAGCCGCCUCUUCCAUCGUCACGGGGGGCCCGGGGGGCCCGGGGGGCCUGAGCCCGAGCUGUCCCCCAUCACUGAGGCGUCCGAGGCCAGGGCAGGGCCCCCUGCUCCUGCCCCACCAGCUCCCGUGCCACCCCCGGCCCUGCCCCAGCUCAGCCCAUCAGACCAGCUACAGAGCAUGGAGACGCGCUCGGUCCUGCGGAAGGCGGGCUCCCCGCGCAAGGUCCGCCGCGCCCGCCUCAACCCGCUUGUGCUCCUGCUGGACGCCGCGCUGACCGGGGAGCUGGACGUGGUGCAGCAGGCAGUGAAGGAGAUGAACGACCCGAGCCAGCCCAACGAGGAGGGCAUCACGGCUCUGCACAACGCCAUCUGCGGCGCCAACUACCCCAUCGUGGACUUCCUCAUCGCGGCUGGGGCCAACGUCAACUCCCCUGACAGCCACGGCUGGACACCUUUGCACUGCGCCGCGUCCUGCAACGACACGGCGAUCUGCACGGCGCUGGUGCAGCACGGCGCAGCAAUCUUCGCCACCACGCUCAGCGACGGCGCCACGGCGAUCGAGAAGUGCGACCCCUACCGCGAGGGUUACGCCGAUUGCGCCACUUACCUGGCAGACGUGGAGCAGAGUAUGGGGCUGCUGCACAAUGGCGUCGUGUACGCCCUCUGGGACUACAGCGCCGAGUUCGGGGACGAGCUGUCCUUCCGGGAGGGCGAGUCUGUCACUGUGCUGCGCAGGGACGGGCCAGAGGAGACAGACUGGUGGUGGGCCUUGCUGCAUGGCCAGGAGGGCUACGUACCUCGUAACUACUUCGGGCUCUUCCCCAGGGUGAAGACCCAGAGGAAUAAGGUCUAGCUGGAGAGGAGGACGUUUCCAGGGGAGACGGGAGGAAGCGUCCCUGCCUUUGCUCCAGACCUGUCCCUCAGUAACUGCUGCCUCUCCUUGGGCCCCAAGCCCUACAGGGGUGGGGUCCUCACCUCCAGCUCUCUGCUUCCCCGGAAGCCCAGGGGAGAAGGAGAAUCUCAGCCUAGAAACUGUCAUAGCCGUGGGAGGUCAUGAUGGGGCUGGGAAUCAUUGGAGGCAAGAGACACCCCCCUGCCCUCCAUUUGUCAAAUCAGAUUCCGUCCCAAGUGCCUCCUAUUCCUGCUGCCACCCCCUCCCACCCCCUCGACACAAGCCAACACCCCAGCCUAGGAGAGCCUGCGAUGUGUCGCCUCCACUGGAUUUCCCUGGGAGUCACCUCUGCCCCCACCUCCCCAGGGCUAGGAGAGACACGCUGGUCUCUACCAGGACCCCUGCCACCGCCUCUCCCCAGUCAAGUGCCUUCACACAGUGCUGGUUUUAUAACCAGAUGGGGAAGUUUUUCCUUAUAAAUAAAGGUAGUUUGCACAGGAA